AUGUGGCGCGGCCUCCAAGCGGAUGCUUGCCGAGAUCUGACGUUGCUCCACUCGGAAUGGACAGACGUUGGCCGUGACUGGGGCGCUGGAGCCGAGCAAGACGCCAUGUCGACAACAUCGGAACGAGCGCCGUUCAUUGAACCGCAGUUUCUGGAGGACCUGGACAAUGGAUCGGCAUCAGUGGAAGCCCCUUACUCGGAGGACAAGGUCAAGGAGAUCAUCGAUGCUUACGGCGAGUGCUUCCAUGAUUCGGCAGUGCAGAUACGGUGUGGGAACGUGCCAGGCGCUGCGCUUCUCUUCCGCGUCCUGUUUGCCAUUCCAACCGAUACGCUGGACAUCGCCUUGAAGCACGGCUGGGUCUUACCCAACGACCCGCUGGUGGAAAUGCACAAGAACCUGUCGCAGUCUUGCCCCCGUAUGAUUGACCAGCCCGAGUUCACCGUCGACAAGGGAUUCGACGGCACGUGGCAGUUUCUUGGCAAAAGCUACACCCUGGACGAGAUUCUGCAGAUACCAGCAAUGCCGGACGGAAUCAAGGCGAAUAAGCAGCAACUCCUGGACCUUGGCCUCACUGAGGUUCCCAUCACGCACCUCGACUACAAGGAGAAGACGAUGGGCUUUUAUUUUCUCGCGCAGGGGCCCCUGACCAAAGAGAAACUCACAAAGACCGUCGCCAUGGCCGGCGCACCGGAACCUUCGGAUGCCGUUUACGACGACAUCGUGGGCGUGCUACUGGAGGAGCCUUACUAUUGUACCGUUGUGAUGGACUACGCCACGGGAAAAGUCCUCAGGAUCGAGUAUCACCUGCUCUUCCCGGUCAAGCUUCCGGAUGACAUGAAAAUUCCGGAUGUGGGCGAGCGCCUGACGACAUUUUGGGACAUCCCAUCUUACGAAUAUGAAGACAUGGACAUCCUGUCAUUUUGCUUUGGCCAUUGUCCUAAUGGCGACCUCCUGGCACUCAGGAGCUACUGCGGUGGAUUGCGAAAUUUGAUGAAAGCAUGGGGUAUUGUUGGAGUGUAG